CGCCGGAAGACGUCAUGUUCUUAUCAAUACGCGUUUUAAUAAGUUUCAUCGCGAUUUAUAAUUUUUGGGAACCAAUUCGUCGGAGAUAUCGAUACCUCUCGAACACCUAAUUCAAAUCAAUUUAAAAUUCAAUUUAAUUUCGAAUCCGUAAUUACACACGUGUGGAAUAAUUCAAUUGUUGGAUGUCGAUUUAUGUGCAAAAAUUCAUCGUGACGAGAAAUGUCAAUCGACACACGUUUUAUUCGUAUUUUUAUCAGGGAAACCGGUUUGUUGUGACGCGCGUUGCCAUAGUUAAAUUGAUCGUAGCGUUACAUUUCACUGCCGCUUCAAUAUUCUCGCCGCUAUUUUGCAUCGAAAGACUUGUGGGAUUCGUAAAAUUGACGAGCUGAGACAUUGAUAUAAUUUUUAAGCAAUUCGAUAAACAAUGGCAACAAUUUAGGUCAGAGUCUUUGGUGAGACAAUUCCAAAAUAAUUCAAUUAUCGAUCAAACGCGAUGACGUUGGCGCUGUCGAGGAUAGAUUACACGACAGUGGGAGUCACCUCACGUGGCACAACAAUUAUAUUUCCGCCUAACGAGGCGACGAGGCAACCGCAAAAGUUUGCCGUUGCCGAUCACGAUGGCGUGCUGCAUAUAUAUGGCAUGAAAAAAGGGGAGCUGCAAUUGUCGUUUAAAUCCCUGCCCGGUCCAAAAAUCGAGAAAAUGGUCCUUGGUGGCUCGAUAGGUAUGUUGAGGGAUAAGAUUUUCAUUGCGUACGGCAACUCCGUGAAGGGAUUCACGAGAAAGGGCAAGCUGUUCUUAGAGUUCGAUACCAGCCUAAUAGAUCCGAUUUCCGCGAUGUAUGUCCUUGGUCCUGAUCUCGCGGCAUGCGCCCGUGAUCUUUAUCAUCGAUACAGGGACUGCAAGGACGCCGACUCGUACCUGACUGGCGAAACUCUGCACGACGUCGUGCUCUUACCCGGAGAUGGCAACGUGGUGUACGCUAUUUUAGCCUGUGCUGAUUGCGCGGUGCGCGUUCUGCAUGGCACGAGAAGCCCAACAGUCCUAAGACUACCGAGUACUCCUACAGUGCUUUCCAUAUACAGAGAAGGAGAGAUCUACUCGAGAGAUCGCGUCUUGGUCGGUACCGCGGACGGCAGAGUUGGAUUGCUGAUCCUGCAGGGCAACAAAACGCUUCGAAUCACCUGGCUGCUAACUUCGACAGGCUCGGGAAUUACCUCGUUAGAUACUCAUCAGUUACAGGAUGGUAUAGACAUCCUCGUCGGUCGACAAGAUGGAGUCAUCGAGGUGUACACGUUUCCCGAUGAGGACGUAUCGUCCAUUCUGCGUUUUCAUUACAACGCCGGCGAGAGCAUCAGUACAGUCGUAGGUGGGAUAAUCGGCGUCGCCAAUUACCCGGAGGUUCUUGUCACGACUUAUUCAGGCAGAGUAUUCGGAUUGACUACCAGUCCUCCUGGUCUAUUGGAAGCGGGACAGAGCAACGUCGGACUGGCGCGGUUGAAACUAGAGAUACAGCAACUGCAGGAGAAGCUCAAUGAAGAGAAGGAAUCAGCCAAUUUUAUGCCGGACCCUCUGGCACCUUUGAUACUAGCAGUGAAUCAUAAAAUGGUGUUACACAAAGAAGAUGCCUCGUAUUCCCUGUCCGUGGAGCUGGACGCGUCAAUCGACAAUAUUCUAAUACAAUCUGACACGCCCAUCGACCUACUGGAGACGGAAAAUAAUAGCGCGGUGGUCAGCCUGUCCGCUUGCGAUCCUAGAGAGGGCAAUUUUGUCCUUGCUACCUAUCGAUGCCAAAUCAAUACAAAUCGUUUGGAAAUGCGACUGAGGUCCAUUGAGGGUCAACCGGGUACUUUGCAGGUCUACAUAACAUCUCAGGUACAGCCGAAACGCUGUCGUAAAAUCUCAGUUCCUAUUUACGCCUUAUCUCUACAUGUUAGACAACACGAGGAUGAUAAUAACACCGCGUCCAGCGGUCCGUUUAACGAAUUGAAACUAAAUGGCAAUUUCACUAUUGCCGAGAUGCACGCGUGGCUGUCUUUAGCAUUACCAGACGUGCCCGAGAGACCUCAUGUUAACGAGGGUGAAGCUAUUUUAAUAUACGUCUCAUCCUUCAUCGGAACGGUCCUCAAAUGCAAAUAUAAGAAAGGUAGCGCACUUUUUCUCGGCGAAAACAUAUCCAGUAUUAUAAUUCUCAGAGACAUCUUAACAAAGGAAGCGACAAAGCGAAAGAUAAAGCUAGACGUGUUCUGCGAGGUAGCGGAAGGUAGUAUAUCUAGAGUCUUGGAGUUAACUCUCCCGCGAUUGAAUGCAGCCUACGAUUUAAUUCAAAAAAUAAAAAUUCUGAACGCUCUUGAGGAGUGGGAGCUUCAGUCUAAUCCGAGAGAGAACUUGUGCACCGAGUAUCAAGAGUUGUUAGAAAAGGAGACGGAAAUCAGAUCGCUUAUGGCGAAGGACACUGAGAUCCUCAACAGACUGCACGCUGUCAUCACCGACUUAUACGUAGAUUGGGAACGAGCGAAGCGAUCUCGAAGGAUCAGUGGCCAGGAGGCUACAGCAAGGCUCAAAGAUGCCCUCGAAUCCAAGGACUUGGCUACCAUCUUGCAAAUUUUCAUCGGUAAAACUGACGUAAGCGGGCCAAGUCUGAUACCCGCUGCUAUUUAAACUUUUGGAAAUUACAAAUGAAAUGGACCAAUGUAUUUCUAUAAACAUGUUCAAGUAAAAAAUAUAUUUUUUAACGCUAAUUCACAAUAUGUAUAUAUAUAAACGGCUAAAACGUACAAUUACAUAAUUGUACAAUCCUAAUCUUAAAAAUGUACAUUUAUAGUUAGUAUUAAUUACAAAGUAUGAUUACGCAUACGUACAUACAUUUUUUUUCAUGAAUUUUGGGGUUGUUGCAAAACAGUCUAGUCUCUCUACUUGAUUUCACAAAUUAUUUACUUUUUUUAGAAACUGGAAAUAUUAUAUACUAUACAUUAUUUAUAGGCAGUGUAUUAACGCAAUUUACUUAUCAAAUCUUAAAUUGAUAAGUUGUCUCCGGUUUAAUUUCAAAUACACUGAUUUUUAAAUCUUAAAAUACUUACAAAAUUAUACAUAGGAAUUUUAUAAUCACUUUGAAUAUGCCCAAUCUAUUAAAAAUGUACUAAAAUUUCAUGAUUAAAAGUCGAAAGUCA